AUGAAAAACAAACAGGCCGAGAAGCGAUAUGAUAUUGAAGAGGAAUACAUUCGGAAAAAGUAUAAGGCAUUAAAGGAAGCAAGUGAAGCAGGUAGCAGUGUCAGCAGCUGUAGUAGGGAGAAAGUCUCGGAAUGGCUAGUAAGUGGAACCACCGGAAAUGUCAGGCAAAAUGCGCCAGCCGUGUGGGAGUUACCACUGCAGCCUCCCAGUAGCAAUGCCCCGGCCAUAGUGACAUCCGCUCUGUACAACGAAGCCCCAAAUGUGCCAGCCCAUUCAUCAGCCGAAGGUAACUCGCACAAUGUAACCAUACCCACCUCUUCGUCCACCCCUCAUGGCAGCUUCACAAUUCCAUCGAUGAUUCCAAAUAGCAUUCAAGCUUCGUUCCACCAGCCUGUCGAGAAUGUACAUCCACAUCUUAAUUACGGCCAAGUCCUUGCUCGUACGACCAGCAACCAUAGACCCAUAGAAAAUUAUCCGAUUGUCAGUCAGGGGACGUAUCUUCCACCCGCGAUCCGUUGGUCGUCGACGGAAAUUUCACCUACUACGGUGCUACAAAUGAUCAACAACGAGCGAGAAAAUCAAUUUCGGAACGAUUUGGCUGUCAAGACAAUUAUUAGGAGUACACCAAGACCUCUACCACCGCGUUUGGCUGCAAUAAGAGCUGAAGCAAAUAUUAUGACCGCCGUCUGUAGGGGAUCCAUUCCAUCCGCGACUACAGCUGGACCCUAUGUGUCGACCGGAGUCGAACCCACUUUAAACAGUGGUAACAUUGAACCACUUGCCGUUUCGUCAUCGAACUGUGUACCGAUCUAUAGUUCUCGAAAUAAUUCAACCAUUGAUUACGCCGUACCGUUUGCCGCUGGUAUUCAGCCGAACUCUACUUACGGUUUUUGUACCAACCCUACUUCGCAGCCACUGCACAGGUCUGAUCUGAAUCAGGACAUUUCUCCCGUGGUAGUUUCUUUGGGUCAACUGACGACUGUUCAGAGAAAUCAAGAACCAUUAGCCAUUAAUCAUGUCGGUAAUAUUUCUGCUAGUUUGGGUGAUCCUUCUAAGGAAAACGUUCAUCAGCCAUUAGCACAGCAGAUCUCUUCUCCAAUUGCGAGAAAGAACUUGAGAGAUGAUCUAAACCAAUAUAAAAUGCCAUCCGCUGCUCAACUAGCAGCACGGCAGGUUAUAUCACGUGAGCUUCCCCACUUCGACGGUGAUCCUCAAGACUGGCCACUUUUUUAUGGAACCUUCCAAAAUAGUACUAAAAGCUGCGGGUUUUCAGAUGAGGAGAAUUUGUCGAGAUUACAGCGAUGCUUGCGAGGACCAGCCUUUGAAGCUGUUAGAAGUAGACUCAUGAUUCCAGAGUCCGUACCUCUUGUGAUAGAUAUUUUGAAACGACAAUUUGGAAGACCAGACAUUCUUAUUCACGCACUUUUAAACGAUCUCCGAAGGAUUGCUCCACCUAAAGAGGAUAACCUGCAAUCCAUAAUAAAUUUUGGGCUAGCUGUUCGAAAUAGUGUUGAUCAUAUGAUCACAGCUAAUCUAUUGGAUCACCUUAGCAAUCCCACUUUACUGCAGGAACUUAUUGCAAAACUGCCGAUAAAAACGCAAAUGGAUUGGUCUCGAUUUAAGCGCCAGUACACCACCGUCAACCUGGAAGUUUUCUCCAUUUUCACGAACGAAUUGGCAGACACAGCGACUGACGUGAUUAUGCCACGUUUAGUACCUAAACACGAAAGUUCUAAGAAAGUGGGAAAAGAUAGACAAACAUUGUAUACACACACACUCACCGAAGAUGGGAUGAAUGCUCGGGAUACAUCAUCGGAAACUCCAAAGAAGUAUUGUGUGUUCUGCGGCUAUCCAAAUCACGUUAUUGCGACUUGUGAAGCUUUCCAAAGGUUGGAUACAGAUGCAAGGUUGAAGGCAGUUAAGGAGAAAAACCUAUGCCGCACGUGUCUUGUUCCUCAUAGAAAAUGGCCGUGUCGAUCUACGAAUGAAUGUGGCAUUGACGGUUGUCGAAUUCGUCAUCAUGCCUUACUACACUCAUCAACAUCGACUAGCCCUAAUUUUUCUCCACAUGUCAACGUUGCCCAUCACCAUUCGAGGAAAUCAUAUUCACUUUAUCGCUAUCUUCCCAUCGUAUUACAAGCGAAUGGCAAGUCAGUUGAGAUAAUUGCCUUCCUGGAUGACGGUUCAUCUUCUACGUUACUUGAAACAAGCGUGGCAACCGAGCUCGGAGUUAAAGGAGAACGUGAAUCACUAUGGUUGAGUUGGACGAGUAAUGUAUCGCGAGAGGAAAAAAGUUCACAAAGAAUUUCAGUGACAGCAUCCGGUCUGGGAAAGAAGAACAAAUUCAAAUUAAACAAUGUCCGCACAGUAGCGAAUCUUAUGCUCCCUUCGCAGACUCUCGACUAUGAAUUUAUGAAAAAGACGUAUCCGCAUUUAAGAGGCCUGCCCAUUCAUAGUUAUUCAGACGUUACACCAAGUAUGAUUAUAGGUAUAGAGCAUGCCACACUGUUAACAUCACUUAAAACCCGAGAAGGCUGUUCCAAUGACCCCAUCGCAGUCAAGACCCGUCUAGGUUGGUGUGUUUUCGGUAGACAAAUGAACGGUGUUCAAUCGGUAGAAAUCCUCAACGUGCACUGUCAUCCGGAGAAAUGUAAUCAUGAGCUGCACCAGUUGAUCAAACAAUUGCUCAAAUUAGAGGAGCCUAAAGCGGAAGCUUUAAUAUCGGAGAGUGACAAAAAAGCUUUGUCCAUUUUAGAAAAAACCACUCGACGUGUCAACGGAAGGUUUGAAACGGGUCUGUUAUUCAAAAACUCAGAGCCGCGUUUUCCAAACAGCUUCCCUAUGGCCGAACGUAGAUUGCAGGCACUAGAACGUCGUUUAGCUAGAGAUCCCCUUCUAGAUCUUAAAGUACGAGAGCAGAUAAACCAAUAUCUAGAGAAAGGUUACGCUCAUCGAGCCUCGGUAGAAGAACUGCAGGGAGCAGAUCCUGAAAAAACCUGGUACCUUCCACUAGGGGUAGUCCAGAACCCGAAAAAACCCCAGAAAGUUCGUUUAAUAUGGGAUGCUGCAGCGCGAGUUCAGGGCGUGUCUUUCAAUGAUGCUUUGCUCACAGGUCCUGAUCUCUUAACCUCUCUACCGGAUGUUCUUACCAGAUUUAGACAGAGAAGCAUCGCCAUCACACACUGA